UGCACAGACGACACAAGACACAUCCCUACAUCCCUCCCUCUCAUAAAAAUCCACGGCGCCUCUUCUCUCUCCCUCCUCAUGACAUAGCUGAUGAGCUGCCCACGAGAAACAUUCCUCUCAACUCUGAGUCUACCCAUAGACCAUGCUCCAUAGAGAGAGAGAGGGAGAGGGAGGGAGAAACAAAACAGAGAGAGCUCUGUAGUCUGCACGCGCUUUCUCUUCUGCUCUGGCACAGAUAAACCUCGACCGCCAAUGGCACAGAGUCCAAGGUGAUCGAUCGAUUACCUCAGCUUCUGGAGGAGCUUGUUUUCGCUUGCACCAGGGGUGGGUUGUCUGAGGAAGAGCUGCUCGGAAUGCCGGCUAAAAAGGCAGCGGAGGAGUUCUCCCAGGAGGUGAAGAAAGACUUCGACCGGCAGAUGGGGUGCGCGGCUGGCAUGUUCCAGAUCUUCGACCGCCGCCGCCUUCUCACCGGCCGGCAACGUGGCUGCAACCCCGGGACCGGGAACCAACUGCCUUCAGGCCAUGAUCUUCCAGGCAGCAGCAUGUAUGCCCCAGUGUAUAAUCCAGCUAAUCCAAACACAACUCCGGAGAAAUUGUCCAGCAAAAGUACGACGGAGAACAGUAUCCUCUCAGUGGAAUCAUCGAGAGUAUCUUCAUCGUCUUCGUCAUCCUGCUCUUCAUUAUCAUCCCUGGACGGCAGCAAACCAGUACAGCAAGAGCUCCCUUACAUCGAAGAGGAGACAGUUGAGGGAAGGACAGUGAGGAGCUCACGAAGCUUAAAGUCUUCCAAUAAAGUGGUUAAAUCCAAACAGAGAAAUAAUACUGAUUUUAGAGAUGUUGUAAAGGACUCAAUCAACCGGCACUCUGGCAUCCUAACCAUCAAGACCACAACGAUGGCGCAGAGAAAUGGAUUGCACAAAGACUCACCAAGGCCGCUGCUGAUAUCCAAAUCAACAGAUGGAACUUAUGUGAUUGCGAUCGAUAAGAGCAGUGGGCUUCCAGCAUAUGUUGGUGAACCUAGCAGGCAGCCACGUUUCUCAUGUGAUGAUCGACAGAUGCUGCAGCAAGCAGAAGCUCAAGAUAGCCAGAUGCCUUCAUCAAAGCUCAGGGAGCUUCCUAGGUUGUCCUUGGACAGUAGGAAAGAGUCUGUUAGGCCAGGUUCGCAUCUGAAUAACUUUGGUUAUGCAAAAGCCGAUGACAGUCUCAUUGAUAAUUUGAAGAGCCAAGAAUCCCCAAGACAUAGGCGGGCAAGCGGUGUCAUUGCCAAACUCAUGGGGUUGGAAGAGACUCUAGAUAGCUCUGGGCCUGUAAGAUCACACAGACCAGCACAUGACAUUCAAAAUGGUAACCCGUCACAAAUUCCCAGGAGUAUCUGCCCUGAUCCCAGUGUAUCACAGCCGAUGGUUCAGCCUCCUAUACUGAAAACCAGGCCUUCAGCAAGAAUUAUCCCUGAAGCUGCCCCUUUGAAGCAGAAGGAGAGAGGUAUAACAGGAUACAAUGAUGAAGCAAGGACAAGAUCUGCAUCCACCUAUAAUGACAUGGAGAGAAGGCUCAGGCGUCUCACAUUAUCUGAAUGCAAUAAGGACUUGAGGACUCUCAGGAUACUUGGCAAUUUGCACGCAAAGCACACGCCGUUCCAGAGAGAUUGCAAUGCUAGAUUAUUGCCCACUCAGAAGGCAACUGCUGAAGGAAACAACACUACUGCUCAAGAUCUCCAAUCUCCAGUUGUGACCAUUAAGCCGGCAAGAGGAAUCAUGAGACCGAAUGCUUCAGUUGCUUCCCUUGCAGGACCAAAAGUCCACAGAAAGUCGCAGCAUGAAGAGCGUCCUUUCACCAGGAAGAGUGACAACAGUGACAGGAAGAAGACCCAUUCUCACCAUGGAAGAGUUCAUUCUAAGGCAGAGGAAGCUGUUGGCAGCACAAUCUCACCAACGCCUUCUAGAUCGUUGAGCCCGAGAUUUGUGCAGAAGAAAUCAGACUGUGGAAGUAUCCCUCGCUUGGCAGUUCCAGCGAUGUCUCCGGGCAAGACACCCAAUGAAGUAGUGUCCCCAAGAGGCAGACUAAGGUCAAAGGCUGCGCAAGCAAACAAUAUCUGCUGCGAUGAUAAGAUGUCAACGAUUCCUGAAAGUAGAAUUAGUUUAUCCAAGAAGGUUGAUAUGGGCAUUAUCAAUUAUCUAAAUCCUCUUAAUGUCAACACAUCAUGCAGCCAUCAAAGCAAUACAGCUUCAACGUUGAAUCAUGAAGAAACACCACCAAUUCUAUCAUCUAACAAGAAGAACAUACAUCCACUGGAGAACAUACCAAGUCCUAUAUCAGUCCUCGAUGCCACGUUCUGUCAAGAUGGGUUGUCACCUUCAAUGAGGAGCAUAUCAAAUUCUUUCCAAGAUGUUUCGACACAUACAUUGGAUGAGUGCUGGAACCCAGUAAGCCUCCCUGACACACCAAGAUUGAAGAAAAAUUGUGAGGAUGACCAUAUACUACCAGAAAACAUGACAGCCCUUAUCCAAAAGCUUGAGCUCUUGCAAUUGUUGACCGAUGAGGCUCCAAGCACAAAUGACAAUUUGUUAAUGGACACUGCCAAUAAAGACCGCCGUUACAUUUAUGAGAUACUCUCAGCAUCAGGCCUCCUGGACAGUGAACCAGGCUCCAGGAUGAUGCCUAGUCAGUUCCAGCUGCCAAGCUACCCAAUCAAUCCCGGGGUUUUCCUUAUCCUUGAACAAGCAAAACCAGCCGCAGGAAAGCUUCAGCGCAAGCUCAUUUUCGAUCUUGCAAAUGAACUCAUUGCUCAGAAAAUACACAAUGGCAGUUCGGUGAAACAACCACUGCAGUUGUUUCGAUGUAAGAAAUCAAGUGGAUGGCAUCUUUUCAAGGAAUUAUGCUCAGAGAUUGAAAUACUCCAAUCUGAGGCCUCAAUAAUAAGAUUCUCUGAAGAGGAAGAGGAAGAGAGCAAGCCGGCAAUGAAUGCAGUAGAUGAAAUGGGAAAAUGGAAGAGUUUUGACAGUGAGCUACAAGAGAUAGUUCUGGACAUUGAAAGAUACAUCUUUAAGAAUCUCAUUGAUGAGGUAAUAAGUGGUGAAGCCAUGAGAAAGGUGUAACUUAGGAAAUGGAUAAAGAGGCAGUUGUCUUUGAGAAUCAUGCAGGAUAAACAAUUUAGUUUGUUUUCCUGCUUUCCAUGAAGCUGACGUGAUGGUACAUGUAAUGUAAUUUUAGAAGCUGUAAUAAAUAAGCUGUACAAGUAUAUAAAGUCUCCUGUACAAAGAAUUAACGACACAACAGUCUUGAUGGAAGAUGCAAAUACUACUGAAGAGUAUACAGUAUUUGAGAA